UGCGCCGUAGACGCCGUGCGCUCUGCAGCGACAACCUUAAGGAGCGUUAGCUUUUAGCCACCGGCCCGGGGACUGCAGCCGCCUCAGCCCGGAUCCUGCUCGCAUGAGAGCAGCCACGAGCUACAACAGAGCCGUCAGUAGGAAAUCUCCAUAAAGCACAAGGGGGUGCUAAGUAACUGGCUGAGAGAAGUCACUGGGACAGAGAUGUGGGAUCCUGAGAAUGCAACGAAAACAGAAGAGCUGUCUGUUUCACCAGGACAGCAGCAACAGCAGGCUCUAAUUCUGCAGAGCCCCACUGAGAAUGAGCAGCCUUCUCUAAGUGGGGAAGUGCCCCCCCUUGGUGCCUCAGGGCAGAAGAGAGAGGGUGUGACACAGGGAGACACAGAUGAGAUGAUAGAACACUCCGCAUACGAUCAGGACACAUUGCAAGUACAAAGGACCAGCCGUCUUCCUGUAGAGCCCAUGUCUUUGCUAAUUGGUAACAUGACAAUUCAAAAUGCAUCCUGUCAAACAGGUAAGACAGAGGAGUCAGUAAUGCACAAACAGGACUGUGCAUCAGUCUUUCCCUCAAGUGAAGCAGAUGCUGACCUGGACCCUGAUUAUGACCCUGAAAUUAACCCUGAUGCUGACCUCCAGAGUUUGUGCUCAUUUUCUUGUCAGCACUGUCAAAAACAGUUCAAUACCAGGCAAAGCCUAGAGCGCCAUAUGCACACAUCAACAUCUUGCCACCCACAGACUUUCAAAUGCCGCCACUGCAGAAAGUGCUUCAGUACGCAGUUUGGACGACGACGGCAUGAAAGAAGACAUGAUAAUUCAAAUAGAAGAACAGGUGGUUUGAUAAUCAGUCCGUCUUCACAGGUUGAGGGACAGGCUCAGGGGGCGGUCUCUUCAAAAGAGGGCAACUGUAGCACCCUAACGUCACAAACAGCCACACGGUCUCCCAUGCCUGAUUCAGAAGGAAGAGGUGACUCAGAUGAAAGCGGAGAGACGAAAGCAUCUUUUGCCUGCAAGUACUGCAAAAAAGCUUUUGGAACUCAUACCAACUUGCGAAGACAUGAGCGCAGGAUACAUGAGCGUCAUCUCUUACCCAGGGGGACCUGCAGAAAAGUCUCUCAGGAGGCUCAGGUACAGCAGCCCGGUGGGGUCUCUUCAACUGCUGAUAAGCAGCGUGGGGAGGGGUGCGAGCAGGAGGAGGAGUACAUGGUUGACAUCUCCAGCAACAUCUCAGAGAACCUCAGCUUCUACAUUGAUGGCAAAAUCAUCUCCACCAGUGCUGUCGCAAAUUGUGAAGUGAUGGAGGUGAACUCAGCCACUACUGCUAUGAUCGGGCUGGACACCUUCAUCAUCAGUCCAGCUCAAAUUACACAAGCUCUUAAAAUAGAGACUAAUGACUGCAGCACGACCUCUGACCUCUGUGGCCAACCAUCUGGCAGAAGGAGGACGUCAACCCCACCUCUGCUGCCACAAAUAAAAACUGAACUGGAAUCUGAAUCUAUCUUAACAACAUCUUCCUCUUCCUCUGGAGCUACACUGAUUGGCACUGUGUUACCCCAGCCUUUAGAGACCAUUGUUUUACAAAAAGAGAAGACUAUCUAUUUGUCCCCCAAGCUGAAGCAGCUCCUACAGAACCAGGACAGCAGUAAGUCAUUUGCUCUGAUUACAGAAGGACAAAAACUCUGUCAACCUUUACCACUAACCCUUUUACCUGCAGGAACCAGCAGGUUUAAGAGAAGGACAACAUCCCCUCCCAGCUCGCCCCAGCAAAGCAAUACUUCUGAGGUGACAACUGCUACAGCACAGGAUGAGGUUUUGCCUGCCUCUAAGAUGUCAAAGAUGGAGAGUCACUGCAGGUCUCCUGUGAUAAGCUCAUCUAAAAAAGAUGAAAUGGAAACUUUGACUCCGGCCACAAAUGACGCUACUGCCAUUCAGCAGGUUUUACCACUGGACUGCUCUACACCAGGCACUGGUGGGAGGUCAUGUAACCAGCAGCCGCUAGACCUUUCCAAUGCUGUGGGUAAGAGGAACAGUGAGGUCUUAGAUGAGUGCGUUCUGGAUUUGAGCACAAGCAGAAAGAGUGCAGAGGCCGACUCAACUGGAGGAUCAGCCUCCUUGACACCAGUUAGGAGGAUUAAACCCAACUCAAGCAUGUUAGAGAAAGUCUUGCUAAACCAGUAUGCUGGUAUAGAUGUUUCAGCACCAGCAGAUGCAGGAAUGCUAAGUACUCCUGUAGUAACAGAUCUUGCGGUAAUGGCUGUGUCUGAGCCAAUUCCGGCUAAUCCUGAAGGGGUUGUGUUUGAGUUGUCUUUGCCCUCUCCAUCUGCACCGAAUACAACUCUUCAUCCAUUAAAUCCUGCUGUUCUGAACACUGCUCCUCCAGCUCAGCUUCUCUCAGCUCCAGCCCCAUCUGCUGCAGUGACCACUGAGGUACUAUCAUCAGCAGCAGUACCCAUACCUAAUCAGGAACUUCUCCCACUCUGCUCUACUGCCCAGUCUUUCAUUCCUAUAGUGCCCACAACUACUGUAGAAGUAUCUGCUGAGCAAUCCCUGCCAGCUUUUAAUGUAUCACUUCCUGACUGGCUUAGUUCUGCCCCUGGAGGUGUAGCCCAUGCACUCAUCCCUACAGCAGCACCUCUAAGUUUGCAAAGUCCUCAGUUUCUCACAGAUCCAUCUGUUUGUGAUCUAGCACAAAGGACCUUGGUUGUGGAUUCUGUCUUGUCACCUGAAGCACAAAUAUUUCCUCCUUCCCUGUCAGUAAACCAGCCAAAUAUUACAUCUUUGGGUUUUCCUUCAAAUGUGGUUGUCAUUGAAUACACACUUGCACUGGAGUCUUCUGAGGCUGUGCCCAUCCUUCAAGCUAAUGCUGUCCACUCUCUUUCUGAUCAAACUCCACCAGAUCACACUGAGCCAAGAGAUCUCCAUCCCUCACCACAACCACAGGCUACUACCAGCAAGCCCUCAACUCCUGAACUGCCACAGGCUGGCUCUCUUGAGCCCUUUCCUCAAGGAAUGGCCUUGCAUGCAUCCACAGCUGCAGGCUCGUUAGAGAACCCAGUUAUUACAAUAUCGCAGUCUCCUGCUCCCAGUUUUCUAGAACAAGUAGAGAAAGCUGUAGAUACUUCAAAUUGCUCUGUUAAUUUUACAAUCGAAGCACCAGACACCUCCACAGAGGACAACCCUGCAAGUGAGGAACCAUCACACCUGCCUCCUCUCUGCAAGCGCUUUAUGUGUAACGUUUGUCAUGAGCCUUUCAAGUCAAUGAAAGCUCUGAGUCAGCACAUUGGUGAGCACUCAGACACUUGGCCAUAUAAGUGUGAGUUUUGUGUGCAGUUGUUUGAGAGUGACACUGGCUUAUUAGAGCACCGGUCCAGUUAUCAUGGGAUUGGUAAAAUCUACGUCUGCAGAAUAUGUUCCAAAGAGUUCGCCUUCCUUUGCAAUCUAGAACAACAUCAUCGAGAUGUACAUCCUGGUCAGGAGUGCUCACACAUGGAAGUAGAAAAUGGUAAGUUAAGACCUGAAAACCACAAUAGUCCGCUAAGCUCAGACUCUGUAAGCCCAGUGAUCUCUACAAAAGACAAAAGUCACCAGUCUUACAAACCAGCCAUAAAAACAGAGGAUGACAAUGACUCUGACAACACUACUGAGGAGUUAUACACAACCAUCAAGAUCAUGGCAUCUGAAGGGGUCAAACCCAAAGGCACAGAUGUACGCCUUGGUAUUAACCAGCAUUAUCCGAGUUUUAAGCCGCCUCCAUUUCUGUACCACAACCGAACGCCAGCCGGAACAGCAAAUGCUACGGCUACUAAUUUCACUACUCAUAACAUCCCACAGACCUUUAGCACUGCUAUUCGGUGCACCAAGUGUGGCAAGAGCUUUGACAACAUGCCUGAACUACACAAGCACAUUUUAGCUUGUGCUAAUGCUAGCGACAAAAAGCGGUACACUCCAAAAAAGAACCCUAUCCCACUCAAGCAAUUCGCAAAAGCGCAAAACGGGGUUCUGUCGCCAGCCAGAGGAGUCAACAGUAGACAGAAUGUGUCUCAAAAGGUUGGCCAGCCAAAAAAGCCAAACUACCAUGAGCCAUCAGCUAAGGUGAAGGUGAACACACACAGUAAGAAGAAAUCUAUGUGGGUCCAUAGAGGUAGGCCAGUGGGAAGGAAAGGCUCACAGGAGGAGCUGGAGGUUUAUGCUUGCCCUCACUGUAGCAAGGAGUUCACUUACCACGCCAGCCUGAAGAAACAUAUGGCUGUCAGCUGCCCCAUGAAGCCUGUCGGCAAGAAGCUUAAAAAAAGAAAAGGCUGCAUGGCACCAGCGCAGGAGAACAAUGGUAGCAUCCGCACCCAAGUAGCAGAAGUUAUACUGAAACAACGAAGGUCAAACCAAGGACAAAAGAUCUUUAAAAAGACGCAGACCAAUGAGUCUGGUUCAGCCAACAAUGCAAGUCUGCCGCUUCAUGAUGGCAAAGGGAAAAUUACUCUGCAUAAUUUUAGGCCUAAAAGAUCUGACGUUCUGUCAACCUCAGCAGUUCACAUCAGUAAAAAAAGUAAAUCCAUUCUUAUGGGAGGCAUUCAGUCACCACUGAUCUCGAAUAAGUCUGCAAUGCAUGGGAAAUCUCAACAGCCCAGCAACAGGGUGCAGAUCAUGGGAAGAGAAAUUAAACAGAGAGAGGCAGAUGUGAAGCUUCAGCCCAGAACAGAGGAACAGUUCUCUCAGAGAGUGAGAGAAAGGACGGAAAGGCCAGUUACUCGCAGUCUACAGCAAAUUAAUACCACGGUCAGCACUAUGGCCAAUGCAACCAACAGAAAGGCAAACACAAUUAAUCUAGCCAAACACUCAGUCCAGACACAUGGUCAGAACGUCCCUGCGUUUCCAGCAGUUAUAGAGUCAAAGAAAUAGCCAAAUUACAUCUUUAUGAAGAUGGAUAAAAAGGUAUUAAUGACAAAGCUCUUGAUUUUAAUCACAAAGGUUACAUUUUUAAUUGUAAAUAUAUUCCACUGAAAGUGAUAUGAAAUGGAAACUGUAAUGUUGUAAGGAGACAGAAUGUAAAAAGAUGUGCAUUUGUUUUGUUCACUGUGUACUGAGCUGUACUAUGUUGCACAUAGCUGAGUGCCCAGGGUUCUUAUUUAUUUAUGACAACUUUAAAAUUGUGUCUUAUAACUGGAAUGGAAAUGCAUAAAACUUGGGAUUUCAACAAAGCCUUCUAUAACAUACUCUGCCUUAGAACAUGAAUAAUUCAAGUUCCGAGGCAGCUUUGCUCAUUCCUGCUGCUGCACUGCACAUUUUAGUUUUUUCUUGGUCACAACACUUCAGCUCACCAGCUUAAUGUGGCC